GUAGUUCUUUUCUCAUAUAUUUGAAUUUGAAUUUAAUUAAAUACUUGGUAACGUAAUCUAAUAUCCUCAGAAGGAAAGUCGUUUUCCAGUUUGAGAGAAAAGGAUGCUUAUCAAACACACACACACACACUUAAAUUUACUGAAUGUCUUAUAUAACGAAUUUCGUGGAAACAUUUAUCUGAGUAGAAAAAUAUGCAUCGGUCAAUGUCGAAGUAGCCGUUAUUCGUACAUCAGUCUAAUAAUUCUGUUUGUUCCAGCGGACGAGGCAAACAGCAACUGACUCACGCACUCGCGACUCACCGCGCAACCUAGAUCCGAUUUUAUCUUCGUGCUGUAACGCGCCGUGCAUCGUGUCAUUACGUGGCUCGAGAAAAACAACGUACAUCACAUGAUGCGAAUUGAUUGAAAAAUGAACCGGAAGUUGCCAUGAAAAGAAAAGAAAGAAAUGUGCAUUUGCGAGAGAAUGCAAUUGAUAUAAUAAACAGCUGAUACAUUGCAACUCAUACUAGAUGUCUCCAACUCCGUUUGGCGGUAAAUGAGGAUGCUAUGUAUUGUAUAUUCAAUUCGGCAUCAUUAGAGUGAUAUUUUAUGUGAAACAAUUUUUCUUCUUUUACAGAUUUAUCGAGAGUAAACUCUUUUAACUUAACCUAACGAGAUGGACGACAAUAUCGAGAAAGGAAUUAUCACGCGCAUAUAUCUGGAAAAUUUUGUGACUUAUGACAGUGCCAUAGUGAAUCCUGCCAGGUAUCUCAAUGUUAUUGUUGGACCUAAUGGUUCUGGCAAAUCUACUAUUGUUGCCGCUAUAGUUCUUGGCUUAGGUGGCAAACCUAAUAUUAUUGGACGAGCGCUUCAUAUAGGAGAAUAUGUCAAGUAUGGAUGUCAAUCCGCAAAGAUAGAAAUUCAUUUGAAGAAUGGCAAUAAACAGGAUCAUGUAAUAGUCAGGACAUUUACCAAAGAAGGAACAUCUAAAUGGAUGAUUAACGGUGCUCUAUCAUCUGCAAAAGCUGUACAAGAAUUCACAUCCAGUCUUAACAUUCAAGUUGACAAUCUUUGUCAGUUUUUACCGCAAGAUAAAGUACAAGAUUUUUCAAAAAUGGAUGCACAAGCAUUGUUAGAAAAUACUGAAAGAUCUGUUGGAGAUCCAAAACUUUUAGAAUAUCAUCAAACACUGAAGAAAAUAAGGACAGAUUCCAAGGAAUUAGAGCUUGAUGUAGCAAACAAAAAAAGAUUAUUGGAAUCAAAAGUUCAGAGACGUGAUGGAUUGCAGCAAACUGUUAGCACAAUAAAAGAAAGAAAGUUGAUAAAGAAAAAAAUUACAACAUUGAAACAAAAAAAGGCAUGGAUGUUAUAUGAGGAAAUGCGCAGGAAAUUAGUGGAGUCUAAGAAAAUCAGAGAUACAGCAGCAAAAGAAAUGCAGUCAAUAGAUGCUAAACUAAUACCAAUAAAAAAGAAACUCGAAAAAAUACAAUAUGAUAUAGCAACAUUAAAAAAGUCGUUAAAUGAUCAUAAUAACAAAGUUAAUGCUAAAAAUAUGAAAUUGAAAAGCGUAAUAAAUGAAAUUCUUAGUUGUGAAAACAGGAUUAAAGAAUCUGAAAAUACAUGUUCACGUAGAAUUCAGACAGAAGAGAAUCGAGAUCAAGAUAUUAAACUUGCACAACAACAGAAAAGCAAAUUGGAAAAUGAUUUUUCUCUUAUGAUUAACGAAAUUGGAACAGAGGAAAGUUUAAUAAAGCAAUUGCAGAAUAUAGCAAGUAAUAUGGAAGAACAUAGAAGAAUAAUGGAUAAUUUUACUAAUAAAAAGAACAUAUUGAAACAUGAAGAAGAAAACAUUGGCCAUGAAAUAAGAGCUGUACAAGCAGAACAUCAAUCUCUCAAUAUUGAUGUGAAGCGUUUAGAACUCUUGAAACGAGUGAGCCCUGACGCAUAUAAAGGUGUGCUUUGGUUGAAAGAGAAUCGUGAUAAAUUUUCGGCUACAGUGUAUGAGCCCAUGUUGCUCAGUAUUAAUGUAAAAGAGGCUUCCUAUGCCAAGUAUCUAGAAAACAUAAUACCAUUUCGGGAUUUAGUCGCUUUUACGUGCGAGAACAAGCAAGAUAUGAAUUUGCUACUGAGGUACUUGAGAGACCAACAGAAACUACAAGUCAAUGCAGUUUAUUCUGAUAAUACAAAAAAAAUUAUGCCACCGAAUAUACCAUUACAAGACAUUAAACAAUUUGGCUUUAAGCAUUAUUUAGUAUCACUUAUUGAAGCGCCACCUGUCAUAAUGACAUAUCUGGUUUCAAUGUAUCAAUUAAACAAUAUUCCUGUCGGGAACAAUGAAGUCGAGAAUAAUACAGAUCGUAUACCUCGCAGCUUAAGCUGCUACUUUAGUGAAAACAACAUCUAUUCUGUGAAUAUAUCCAGAUACACGCGUACGACAUCGACCAGAAUAUCACAGGUUAAUGGAAACGGUAUGCUCUCGAUUGUUCUAGAUAAAUCCAAACUACAGAGACUUCAAGAACGAUUAACCAAUUUGCAAGAAAAGAAGAAUCAAAUCUUAAUUGAUAUUAAACAGGAAGAAGAUAAGAUAUGUGAAGAAACUAAAGAAAUAGAAAAAUAUCGGACUGACAGAAAUAAAUAUCAACAAAAUAUUCAGCAUAUUCAAGCAUUGAAAAGUAGAAUACGCAUAGCUGCUAAUAAAAUUGAACAAUUGGAAAUGGACCGAACGAGUAUUGAUAAUAUAAAAAGCGCUUGCACUAAAGAGAUUAAGGCUAUUAUAAAAAAACAAUUACAAAUGUAUAAAGAAUAUAACACAAUUUUGAAGGAAUGUUUCAAUUGUGUUACAAGUAAUGACGAAGUUAAAUUUGCAAUAGCCUUACUACAUCAAACUUUAGUAGUUAAAGAGAAUGAGGCUGCAGAUUUUAAGGAUAUGUUUACAAAUGCAGAGAGGAUAUUCAAGCAACAUGAUGAAGAGUUUCAACCUUUAAAGAGGGAAGCUGAAAGACUGUACAAUGAAGCUUUGACAAGCACAAAUAAUAUUAAUCCACAAGAUAACAUGUUUAAAUCUUUGAAUAAAGCUUUUGAAAAAUUACCGGCUACUAUAUCUGAAAUAAAUAAAGAAUUACAUAUUGCUCAAGCAAAAGUUUUCUGUAUGGCGAAAAAUGUAGAUGCUGAGAAUGUACUCCAUGAAUAUGAGGAAAUACAAAAUAAUAUUCAAAAUUUGACUGAGUUUAUAAAAAAAAAAACUACUAAACUAGAAGAAAUGACAAAAGAGAUCAAGAGAUUGAAAGACAAAUGGUUACCACUGUUGGAGCAGCUGAUUGAAAGGAUAAACACGAAUUUUAGUUCUUAUUUUUCCGCGAUGGAUUGUGCUGGCGAAGUUACACUUGCGCAUGGCGAAGAUAUCUUGGAUUUCGAUCAAUAUGGUUUAAAAAUCAGAGUAAAGUUCCGAGAUGCAGAUGAAUUGCAAGAAUUAACAAGACAUUUUCAAAGCGGUGGGGAAAGAACUGUAACUACUGCCAUUUAUAUGAUUGCUUUGCAAGAAUUGUCACGCGUACCGUUUCGCUGUGUGGAUGAAAUUAAUCAAGGCAUGGAUGCAGUUAACGAAAAUCGAGUUUUUAACUUACUUGUCAAGAUGACAGGAAGGCCAGGCAGUUCUCAAUAUUUUCUGCUCACACCAAAACUUUUGUUAGAUUUAUCAUAUGCUGAAACAGUGACAGUACAUUGUGUCUUAAAUGGGCCAGUUAUUAACACAGAUGAUAAAGAGUUUGAAUUCGAUACAGAGGCUUACAUCAACUCUUUUGCAUCCACAACUAAUCCAUAGAAGAGAA